AUGCCUGCGCCUGAUGAGGAACCAGAUACCCUGCUACUUUUACUGGAAGCAAUGAAAAACCAACCUAUCCACCGCUUGGAGGGUAUCCUCCAGGACAUUGUCAAGCACAGCGCAGAAGGCCGCAAAAUCGCCUCAAAAUGGCUACUAGCAGCAAAAGACGAUGUGAGAUCCGAGCCAGUUGUCCCAACUUCCACCAUAGCUCCCGUCAUCUCUGCCCUAUCCGUUGAGGAUGAAUCCAUCUCAAUGCCCAUGGCCAAUGUCCCAAUGACAUCCCGUUUCGAAUACUGCAUCUACUGCCUGGAGGAUUUCGAAGUCACUGAAAACUCGGAGACGAGCUGUAAAUAUCAUCUUGAGCCUGACAUGGUCGACGAGGAGUAUUUCAAGGACGAGAUUGCUGCUGGGAUUGAUGUUGACAACGAUGAAUAUCGCGAGGCUUGGCCGCACAAGUUUUUCUAUUCUUGUUGUGGAAUGGACUUGACUGAGGGCAUGUGUCAGGUUGGUUGGCACAAGGCUGCGGACCCAGAUGAUCGUCCUCGCAAGCGAACAGGUCGGUGUGAGUUCUGA